AUGUACUUCAAUCAUUCCCCACUAGAUAGUACUGCUCGAACAAGUAAAACACUUGAUUUUACACCAUUUUAUCUCGUAUCUGUUAUCAACAUCGCUCGAUCUGCGUAUGAGCAAUACUGCGAGCGUAGCACAGAUGUGGAUGAUCUGUCAUGGUUUCAUGGUGAAGAUGAACGCAAUGAGUACGCGGAGCAACUAACAGCAAACUUCUCGGAAAAGCGUUUCCUCAAAUUCAAGUUGACCGAUGGUCAGAAUGUUCUGCAUGCAAUACAGUACGGUGAAGUUGAAUUUUUGGAUGAAGAUUCUCUUCCUGGGUUGAAGAUACUGCUAAUUUCAAGGGUGCUUCUAAGAAGAGGAAUCCUAUUACUAAAUUCGUCAAAUUGUCAGGUUCUUGGAGGCGAUGUUGAACGAAAGCUCUCCGCAGGCAUUUCACCGUUAGUUGAGCGUUUGGGUGCUGGAAAUAUCGCAAAGACCCGCUAUGAGGUUACGAUGAAUCCAAAUAAUGCAAAACAGGAAGCAAAAGCUGAAACGAGGAAAGCUAAUCAUUCUUCCAAUAAAGGGGCGAAUCUUUCGACAAUAUCUCCCUUCCUUGUUCGACUUCCACGCCCGCAACAGGCUUCGCUCAAUAACCAAGCUGAAGCUCGAGAAGCUCGAAUGUAUAUCAAGCAAGAGGUGGAACGCACAGCAAUCGUACCUCCACUACAAACAAUUGCAUCGCAGAAUGAUGUCAAAGUUGCUGUAAGGAAAGAUGUGAGAUCUGGAGGUAAUUUAUUAGCAUCAGAGCAUUCGCCCAUCCAACAAUGGAAAAGCGCUGAUUUCGAUGUCCCGACGCCAGUAGAAAUGAAUGAUCUACCUAUACCCCUUGAUAACACUACGCUGAUCAUGCAUAACAAGCUCCAUACAGAGAAAAAGAGGGAAUGUAAUUUACCUCGCUCGCUACCCAUUGCGGAAUAUUUCCCUGUUUCACGGGGUGGCAGUCGCAACACUGUAAAGAACCGAGCACAACCUUCACCCACACAAUCCAAUUUGGUCAGAAAUCCUAAUGAUACAAGAGCAGACGUGAUUGACGUUCGUGACAGUGCUGUUCUUCUCAGGAAGUUGGCAUCGACGAAGGAUACUGCACCUUGCACAUGGUCUGAUCACCAACGGUCGUUGUUUUCCAAGAACAAGCCUAAUCCUCUCAUUCAAACUUCUUCUCAUUUGAAUGCUCAUGUAGCAAGUCGUGCAUCUCUUCUUCUUCCGUUUGAGAAUCCGGAAAAGACGACUCCGUCUUACAAAACUCCUCCAUCAUCAACUUUACCUCGUACGCCUCAAAGAGACAGCGACUUUGGCAACAGGAACGGAACUCAGUUUGUGAUAGACGUCCACAACUCUAUUGCGGCAAACGAUAUUCACCCCGGAGAUUACGCGAUUGGUGAGGAUUCGGACUACAUAAGUUUUAUAGAAAAAUCAUUUACGGAAGAAUUCAAACAGAAACAGAGACAAUCUGCGGUUCAACUUCACACCAUUACAAAUGCACCGCCGACUGCAAUAGUGCCAUAUAAGAGGCCUCGAAGAACUGAAACCCUUUUCGACGUUUCUGGUGGAGUCACAUGGCAGUCUCGAAGCAGUGAUCAACUGAAACCUUCUGCUAUCAUGGACAAAUUCAUCAACCUAAAAGUAACACUACUUGCGGAAGUGCUAGCCAAGCGAAGAUUUUGGAUGCUACCAAAAAUUGUUAAUGUUAUGGUAAGUCAUCAAGACAAUGCAGCGCAUUCGCAUGGAUACUUAUGA